AUUCCAGUAAAUAACUGUUCGUCCCUGCCCUUGCUUGUUUACACCGGCAGUAGUUGCCUUGUUGGAGCAGCCUUUGAAUACGCAGCUGCUUUUCCUCCCCCUUCUCCUUGGUUGCAUCGGGAGAAGAAAAGAGGAAGAAACGAAACCCGCAAACGCCGUCGCCAAACUCGGCGGUCCUUCUCUUCCUCAUCGAUCGCCGAAUUCUUCAUUUCCAAAGGAUCAAAAGGGUCCUGGAGCUGGGUAGAACUGAGAUGCACAAGAUCCACCAACUUACAAGGUUUUCUCGACUACCAUGUCAAAUUCACCUGAGAUGUUAGUGAAAAACAGUGAUACCCCUGAGCUACACACAAUGGAAGAAGAAUAUGCAAGACUAGUGUUGCCAAGAGAGACCAUAUUAUCCAAUUUUGAUUCUCGGCAGUCGUCAGUUCAAACAGAUAAAAAGUCCUACAUCUGGUGGAUGAAAAUGCUGUUCAUCUGCCUUCUUUUGGUGCUAGUCAUUUCUAUCCUUGUGAAAUGGGGAAUUCCAUUUGUUUUUGAAAAGAUUCUUCUACCAAUGAUGGAGUGGGAAGCAACUGCUUUUGGGCGGCCAGUUCUUGCUUUAGUACUCGUUGCAUCCUUGGCUUUGUUCCCAGUUAUUCUAGUUCCUUCUGGACCAUCCAUGUGGCUGGCGGGAAUGAUUUUUGGAUAUGGUCUUGGAUUUAUCAUAAUCAUGGUAGGAACUACAAUCGGCAUGGUGUUACCUUAUUUUAUUGGUUUACUAUUUCGUGAGCAGAUACAUAGGUGGUUGAGUAAAUGGCCACAGCAGGCUACCAUACUUAGGCUGGCAGGGGAAGGAACUUGGUUUCAACAAUUUCAAGUUGUUACACUAUUUAGGAUUUCACCAUUUCCAUAUACGAUCUUCAAUUAUGUAGUAGUAGUGACGAGUAUAAAGUUUGAACCUUAUUUUUGUGGUUCAAUUGCUGGAAUGAUACCGGAAGCUUUCCUCUACAUUUACAGUGGACGAUUGAUACUGACAUUGGCAGAUAUGCAAUAUGGAAAGUAUACCAUGAAACCAUUGGAGAUUGUUUACAAUAUCGUAUCCUUUAUAGUUGCUGUUGCCAUUACAAUUGCCUUCACAGUUUAUGCAAGGCGAGCUUUGAAUGAUCUUAAAGAGGCAGAAAGCAGUAACAGUGAAGACAUCCAUGCAAAUCAUAAUUUGAUGGAGCUUGAUAAAUUUCCAUAAGAGAGAACAUGGUCUUGUUCUCUGCCAAUCACUGAUGUGUGAUAUAAAAGCAUAGUGGAAGUCUCUAACCAUCUUUGCUUGUAAUAUAAAAAGAUUCAUGCUCUUGAAGAUUGGUAAGAAAAAGAUAAAUAGAUUGACCAUGCAACACAAUUAUCAGGCGAGUCAUUACGCAGACAAUUACAGUGUACAAUUUUGCUGGCUAGUUUCUUUUCUUUAUCAGCAUUUUGUAUAAAUGUAUGUGUUCUUUUGUUUAUCAACUUUUUGUACAAAUGCGUGCUUUCUUUCACCA